UAUGUCAUAAAAAUAUAUCAUAUUAUAAUAUUUUAUAUAUGUCUUCAUAAUUUUUUAAAAACCUUAUUAAAUAUAGAUUAUGAAAAAGAUGUAGAGUGUAGUUUGUAUUUAAUAAAUAAAACUAAUGAUAAUAAAUUUUAUAAAAAGGAAAGACGAGAAUUAACUGAAUGGGAAUGUUCACAUAAUAUACAAAAUUUAAGAAAUACAAGGUAACAUAUAUUUGAUGCUUCUUUAACCCUAGAAUAAUUACAACAAUUAAGAAAUAUAAUAAUAUUUGAAAGAAGAAUACUUUGAUGAUUUGAUAAAUUUUAUUCAACAAAGUAUUGAUGAUGGCAAGCAUAUAAUAUUUUUGAAAGAUUUUUUAAGAAAAAAAAAAAAUACUUUCACAUCUUAGAUUAUAUAGAUUAUAUUAUUCAUUCAAUGGAAUAAAUAAUAUGGGUGAUAAUUUAUUAAAUCAGAUGGAAGAAGUUAUUUCUAAUUUUUCCUUUAACACAUGUAAGUGUUAAUGCAAUGUAUAUUUCUUAUAAAACAGAACUUGAUAUAUCUAUGGAUCUUUUAGAUUGUGUGUUAAGACAAAGAUAUGAACAAAAAAGGAAUGAAUUUUUAAGUAAUACGAAUGAUAUACGUUUAGCAAUAAAUUUAAGAUUUAAUUCUGAGGGUAUAUAUAUUAAAAAUGAAAUAAUAGAAAAAAUGAUUAAAUGUAUAAAACAAAGAAUUUAUCAUAUAAUUCUACAUCAUGCAAAUUUACCAUCUCAUAUGUAUAGAAAAUAA